AUGCAGACCAGCUGCGGAGGGCGGCGGCAGGCGGCCCCUGGGGCGGGAGAGGUGACGGCGCUGGGAGACAAGGAAGCCCUGGCCCGGCCCUGGCACGUAACAGAGCUAGGAGCCCGGGUGCCAGGCGCGUGCGAUCGUAGGUGGACGGCGCCCGAGAGAGGCGCGGAGGCAGUGGCGGGAGAAACAGCUGAGGACGGUCCCCAAGAAACGAGGCCUGCGACAACGGGGCCAACACAGGCCCCGCAAACCCACACCCAAAAGUGGGGCCGGGAACCCCGUCCACCGUCCUACCCCAGCCUCCGCGGGGGCCAGCAUGCCGCCCUCCUUCACGCGCAGGAACCUCUGCAAGGGAGGAGCCGGUGGGCGGAGUCAAGACCGGAAGUGGCCCGGCGCACCGGCCUUCCCCCAACAGCCGCCAGCCGGAACUACCCUGAGGUCCCACCCCUCGACGGAACCCUGGGUUGCUGGGCAACCGGUGCGGGCGCCUUUGGCAGGCUCUGUGCGGCGCGGAGUAAGCAGAGUGUAGCUCCCACCUCGUGCCCUGGCAACCUCCCGUCCCGCCCGCCUCCCUUCUUGCCGCCACUCCUUGCGUCGCGGAAUCCCUGCCCUUGGCACUACCUGCACCUCUGCGGCUCCCGCGACACUUUAGUGCCCACCUGCUUCGAAGCCAAGCUUCACCGAAACCGAAGCGGUCCGACCCCGCUCGUGGCCUCCAGGACGUUGAAGGACUGCGCCUCCCCGGCCAUGGCCACCUACACCUACACCUAUACCAGCCGGCCCCGGGCCCUGCCCUGCCAGCGCCGCCGUUACCGGGAUGACCUGAUGCAGCCAGCUGAAGAGCCUAUACGUUAUGGAAACAUAAUGUAUGACAGGAGGGUGAUCCGAGGCAACACUUAUGCACUACAGACAGGACUACUGCCUGGGCAACCGGAUCCUGCAGAGAUUCAGAGACAGCAGCAGGCUAAGAGGAGGGCUCUUGCCAAAAAACGAGCCCAAGAACAGCUCAGACCACGAACGCCCGAACCUGUAGAAGGCAGAAAGCAUGUGGAUGUGCAGACAGAAUUAUACCUUGAAGAAAUUGCUGACCGCAUAAUAGAAGUUGAUAUGGAAUGCCAAACAGAUGCAUUUCUGGACAGACCACCAACACCACUCUUUAUUCCUGCCAAAACUGGCAAAGAUGUGGCCACCCAAAUUCUAGAAGGAGAGCUCUUUGACUUUGAUCUUGAAGUUAAACCAAUGUUAGAAGUUUUGGUGGGAAAGACCAUUGAGCAGUCUCUUCUGGAGGUAAUGGAAGAAGAGGAGUUGGCGAACCUGCGGGCCAGUCAAUACGCAUAUGAAGAGUUACGCAACGUCGAGCUUGCUGAAGUGCAACGACUUGAAGAGCAAGAGAGACGACACCGAGAGGAAAAGGAACGGCGUAAGCAGCAGCAGUGGCAGGCGGUUCACAAGCAUAACGAGACUGCCCAGAAGAUCGCCGCCCGGGCGUUUGCACAGCGUUACCUGGCCGACCUUCUCCCUUCUGUUUUCGACAGCCUCAGGGAUGGUGGCUACUUUUAUGAUCCUGUUGAAAGAGAUAUUGAGAUAGGAUUCCUUCCAUGGCUAAUGAAUGAAGUUGACAAAACCAUGGAGUACAGUAUGGUGGGAAGAACAGUGCUUGACAUGUUGAUUCGUGAGGUGGUUGAGAAGAGACUGAGUCUGUAUGAGCGUAAGGAGGACAAGCACUCCUCUGUGAAACCUGAGGACAGGCUUGGUGGUCCUGGAGGAGUGAGAGAGCCACUGGCAGGUUAUGAACUCCCGGACUACGGUGCCUCACGGGCCCGGUGGCCACUUCCAGACAGAGACUCCCUGCAGAGAGCACCAUAUGAUGCAAGGUAUAUGGAGAGACUGUCAUCCCAAGAAAGGAAGCUUAUGGAAGAGGAGGAUGAGCAGAUAGAAAUGAGGAAGUCCUUCGGGAGGGAAGAACUGUUGCAGUAGAGGGGAGCUUCAGAGCCACGGAGCCGGUCAGCAGCCAGUCAGCGUUGUGAGCAGUCAGGUAACGGUGCGUGAGUCCCCUCAGGUUAUGAAAUUAGGGCGUGUUCAGUCAGCAUAUCCUCUGUCUAAUGGACUGGGCAGAUCAAAUGUGCUGAAAUAAUAAAACUAAUUUUUAAACUGAA